UUUAACGAUAAGUUCGCGGGGUCACACUGGAGGAGACGAAAAAUAUUUUUAUUUUUCGAAAUGUCGACGCUGCAACUGGAAUUUUCGCAGGCCAUGGCCGAUUUCAAGAAGAUGUUUCCCGACAUCGAUCGCGAGGUAAUUGAGGCCAUACUGCGGGCAAAUCUGGGCGCCGUGGAUCAGACAAUAGAUGCCCUAUUGGCCAUGUCCAUAGAUAAUCAGAACGAAAAACUGCGCAAUGAACUGGAUGCUAAUGUCUCCCCACAGCAGAGUCUCAUCAAUCUCAACGAUUCGGACAAAGACCUACGGCGCAAUGUCCAGCUCGUUGACACCACGGAUGGCAUUGGGGACAGCGGUGCAGCCGCAGCAGCAGCCAGCGCUGGUGCUUUACUAACAACCGCCAGCGCUUCGCCGAAUCAUCCCAACACGGGUGCCUCGCCCAAGAUGCGGCCACUGGGCACCUCGAAUCGGAUCAAUAGCCAGAGCAGCACGCCCACAAAGAGGAGUCAGAGUAGCAGCACAGCCCGUCGCUGGAACCCACCCAUUUUGGGUGUGCUUCCGCCAGGCUUUCUACGCAUUGCACCUGCUGCUGGCCAGCAGGACUUUGAGCUACCCGACGAGCAGUUUGCCCUGAUGCUGCAGAACGAAGAGUUUAUGAAUCAAUUGCGCUGGAAUCAAGACUUCAUGAACGCCCUCGAGAAGGAGCAGACGGGAAAGACUAAGGGCGAAGAUGAUGCCCCGUUUCAGGAGCGUCUCAAGAACAUGGGGAAGAUGUCGCGCAAGAAAUUCCUACAAAUGGCACGCGUCUUCACCUGGCAGCGCAAUAAAAAGGUAACCACCGCCAAGCAAAUCGACUCCUUACCGUUGCGCGAGGAGCCCAGCGACGAUGAGGACCACCACCAUCAUCAGCAGCAGCAACAACAGCAGUCGAGCCAACCGCAAUCCCAGCAACAGCAGCAGCAGCAGGGCCAGUUGCAACUACGCAAGUGAAGCGCGUACGGGUCCAGCAUUUUGUUAUCUUAUCUCAAUGGCCAUACCGUGACGAUCACGUGCGCUUGUAAUCUCCUUUAAAGUAAUCUCUAAGCAAGAACGAAAUCUCCUCCCAAUCUCAAAAACAAGAUGCGAAAUAAUUGUAUUAUUCUAGUUUUUAAACACCCCCACACAUCAUAACCAAAAGUGCAAUUUUUACCCCUCGUAAACAUCCCAGUGCAAUAUAUCUUGUAUUACAAUAUGAUUUGUAUAAAAUUUUUUUUCAACUUUCGUUGUUGCCAAAUUAGCAAAAUUAAGUUUUAUUGAUAAUUUGUAAAGAAGACAAGAACCGGGCGUUUCUUUAGCGCCCUAGUUUGCAGCACACAGUUGGACUGAUUAUUGAAUGCGUUAAUUAAUUGAGCAUCACACCAAGAAUAGAAAUCUCUGUAGAGCACCUUGCUUAGCCCAAAAACCUAGUCAUUAUAAAGAAACCCAAAAAAAACGUAUUGUACAGUAAUCGAAGCUAAAUAUUCAUGUAAACGAAAACUCUUUCUCCCCUUUUAAAUCAAUGUGGUCCUGCGCUUAACUGGCUUCCACCCUAUGCAUGGCUAUAUUAUAUAAAUAUGUAUCCCGACAAGUCGAGUCUCUCAAAACUAUGCAUUCGUGUCCAGACACCAUAUCAAAUGCAGUUUUACCAGCCUACCCCACAUGGAUGACAAAACUUCAAGUAGCUCCAAAGCGGACCUAUGGAAAAUCUUUCAGUGAAUAUGCGUGCUAUAAAGUAGCAAAACAUUAAUAUAAUUAUAAAAGGCGGCUAUUUGAUUGUAAUUGUAUGUAUAAAUAUUUGAAUAACUACCUUGUAUUACUAUUCCAAGUAUCAAAUACAGAUAUUUCAAAAUUUCAA